UUCCAGGUCCAUUUGGUGCUCUAUUUUUCCUGUAGCGAGGAAAAGGGUUUUAGAUGGAUAGAUAGAUAGCGAUCCCAGCUCCUAGGUUUUCGAGCGUGGAUUCCAUCGCUUUGCUCCUCGCCGCCGCGCAGAUCGAAUUGAGCAGAUGGGAUCGCUGGAAGCAAGCAUCGAAUUGAUCGGCGAUCCCCAGGAGCCGAUUCUCUACGUGAAUGGGAAGCGCUACAUUCUUCCCGAUGGGUUAGCUCACAUGACGCUGCUGGAGUAUCUCCGAGGGCUUGGCUUGACCGGAACGAAAUUGGGAUGUGGAGAGGGAGGGUGUGGAGCGUGCACAGUGAUGCUUUCUUUCUUCGACAAUGGAGAAGACAAAAUCAAUCAUCGAGCGAUCAACGCUUGCUUGGCUCCGCUCUACUCAGUCGAAGGCAUGCACGUCAUGACCGUGGAAGGAAUUGGAAGUCGGCGUAAAGGCCUUCACAAAGUCCAGGAAGUCUUGGCUAACACACAUGGCUCGCAAUGCGGUUUUUGUACACCAGGCUUCGUCAUGUCGAUGUACGCACUGCUCAGGACUUGCAAGAUGCCACCAACAGAAGAACAGAUAGAAGAAAGCCUCGCGGGGAAUUUAUGUCGAUGCACGGGUUACCGGCCUAUUCUAGAGGCAUUCCGGUCGUUCACCAAAGCAGAUAGUUUCCUCUACUGGGAUGAUUCUGCUAAGGCAAGUGGAGUCGCUGUGAAUCGGGCCUCUCAAGGUGGUAAGAUCUGUCCUGGUACUGGAAGGCCUUGUGACUGUGGAUCCGAGAAGAAAACCGGUUGCUGUAGCGUACAGGAGAAACCAUCAGAGAUCAAGGAUCGGGGGGAGCUUAUUUUUCCUCCCGAGCUAAUGACCAGGAAGGUUCAGUCUUUGGUUCUGAAAGGUGCUGAGGAUUUGCAGUGGUUCCGUCCGUUAAGCCUGCCUGACUUACUGGAUUUGAAGAAACGGUAUCCGGAUGCUAAGUUGGUGGUCGGGAACAGUGAAGUUGGCAUAGAGACAAGGUUUAAGAACUUGAGGUACCCGGUACUGAUUGCAGCUACUCACGUCGCAGAGCUCAACGCCAUCAAAGUUCUCGACGAUGGUCUUAAUAUUGGUGCGUCCGUGACGCUGGAAAAACUCCGGGAAGUGAUGCAUGCUUGUGUGAAGGACAGGAAGGCUUACGAAGUAUCUGGAUGCGACGCAUUCUUGGCACAGUUGAAGUGGUUUGCAGGGGUUCAAAUAAGAAAUGUUUCCUCUAUUGGAGGCAACAUUUGUACUGCUAGUCCUAUCUCGGAUUUAAAUCCUCUUUGGAUAGCAGCGGGGGCCGUUUUCACCUUAGUUGAUGACAGUGGAUUGCCGCGGUCAGUACAGGCAAGCGACUUCUUUAUCGGGUAUCGCAGGGUGGCAUUGCGGAAAGGAGAGAUUCUUGCCAGCGUUUUUCUUCCAUGGACGAGGAAGAACGAAUAUAUAAAGGAGUUUAAGCAGUCUCACCGCAGAGAUGACGACAUCGCUCUUGUCAACGCAGGGAUGAGAGUUCAUCUAAAAGAGGAGACGGGGAAAUGGCUCGUAUCGGGGAUUUCAUUGGUAUAUGGUGGAGUUGCCGCUGUUCCCGUUCGUGCGAGCAAAACCGAGACUUUUAUGCAAGGAAAGGUUUGGGACAAGUCGACCCUGGAAGGUGCUCUUUCGGAGCUUCAGAAGGACAUCAUCAUUGCCGAUAAUGCUCCCGGAGGCAUGGCCGAAUUCAGGAGGUCUCUCAUUUUGAGUUUUUUCUUCAAAUAUUUCUUGAUGGUGGCGGACAAGCUUCAGCAGGAUGAAAAUGUCGAGCACGAGUUUUCCGAAAGGUUCAUGUCAGCAGCUGAUCCUUACAAGAGAGACAUUUCUAGUGGGAUGCAAAACUUCAAAACUAUAGUGGAUGGAUCAGCUGUCGGUCAGUCUAUCGCUCAUGUUUCAGCAGAGCUUCAGGUAUCUGGUGAAGCACAAUAUCUUGAUGACGAGCCUCUUCCACCCAAUGGACUGCAUGGUGCGUUGGUUUUGAGUACCAGACCGCAUGCUCGUAUCGUUUCUGUGAGCUACCGAGAGGCGGAGACUGUUCCUGGUUUCGCUGGUUAUUUUUGCGCAAAAGACGUUCCUGGAGGAAAUGAUAUUGGAGCUGUGGCGCAUGACGAAGAGUUAUUUGCAACGAACGUUGUCACAUGUGUUGGUCAGGUGAUUGGAGUUGUUGUUGCUGAUACUCAGUAUGCAGCAAGGGCCGCAGCACUAAAGGUCAAAGUGGUUUACGAAGACUUACCUGCGAUUCUGAGCAUUGAAGACGCCAUUGAGGCUGAGAGUUUUCUUCUGAAGGCGCCCCGAGUCCUUUCGAAGGGGAACGUACAAGAGUGUUUCGCCAGUGGGAAAUGCGAUCACAUUGUCGAAGGCACUGUGCAAAUGGGAGGACAGGAGCAUUUUUACUUAGAACCGCAUGGAACAACAGUAUGGAUUCAGGAUGGUGGAAAUGAGGUUAUGAUGCUAUCAUCGACACAGGCACCUCAGAAGCACCAGUAUACUGUAGCGCACGUCUUGGGCAUUCCAAUGCAUAGGGUGGUUUGUAAGACAAAACGAAUUGGCGGUGGAUUUGGAGGAAAGGAAACUCGUGGAUUUGUCGAAGCAGCUGCAGCGGCCGUCCCUGCAUAUCUCUUAAGGAGGCCGGUGAAGCUAGUACUUGACAGAGAAGUGGACAUGGCAAUUACUGGUCAAAGGCAUGCUUUCCUUGCGCGUUACAAGGUUGGUUUUACAAACGAGGGAAAAGUUAUGGCAUUGGACCUUCAGAUAUAUAACAAUGGUGGCAACUCAUUGGAUCUUUCGGACGCUGUUCUGGAGAGAUCCAUGUUCCAUUCGGACAACGUUUAUGUGAUCCCUAACGUGCGCAUAUUUGGAAACGUAUGUUUUACAAACAUUCCCAGCAACACAGCGUUUCGCGGAUUUGGCGGACCUCAAGGGAUGCUUGUUACGGAGAAUUGGAUUGAACACAUUGCAAAAACUCUGGGAGUACCUGCUUCAAAGAUCAGGGAAAUUAAUCUCCAAGGAGAAGGUUACGAGCUGCAUUAUAGCCAGGUUCUCGAGAACUGUCGUAUAAAACAGGUUUGGUCGGAGUUGAAGUCUUCUUGUGAGCUUGCCUCACGUAUGCAUGAGAUCGAUUUAUUUAACAAGAAAAAUCGGUGGAAGAAAAGAGGAGUAGCGAUGGUCCCUACAAAGUUUGGAAUAUCAUUUACAACCAAGUUUAUUAAUCAGGCAGGUGCAUUGGUCCAAGUUUAUACAGACGGUACAGUUCUAGUGACACAUGGUGGAGUUGAAAUGGGACAAGGUUUACACACAAAAAUCGCACAGGUCGCUGCCACUGCGUUCGAUAUUCCCAUAAGCUCAGUAUUUAUAUCUGAAACAAGCACCGACAAGGUACCAAAUGCUUCGCCUACUGCGGCUUCUGCGAGCUCUGAUAUGUAUGGUGCCGCUGUUAUCGAUGCAUGCAACCAAAUCAAAGAAAGGAUGAGACCAUUGAUGUCUCAGUACGACUCGUUUGCGAAGGUACUAAUCCAAGUUACGUUUCUUUGGCUAAUCUUUGUUGUUAUAUUGCAGCUGGUUAUGGCGUGUUACUUACAGCGUAUUGAUCUCUCAGCACACGGGUUUUACAUAACACCAGACAUUGGUUUCGAUUGGAAGACAGGGAAAGGAUCACCUUUCAGCUACUAUACUUAUGGAGCUGCUUGUGCCGAGGCAGAGAUAGAUUGUCUUACUGGUGAUUCACACUUGAGACGUGUUGACAUCGUCAUGGACUUGGGACAUUCGCUGAAUCCCGCUAUUGAUAUUGGCCAGAUUGAGGGUGCGUUUGUCCAAGGCCUCGGCUGGGUAGCACUAGAAGAACUUAAGUGGGGUGACAAAGCUCAUCCUUGGAUAAAGCCCGGAUAUCUUUUCACUCAAGGCCCCGGAACUUACAAACUGCCAACAGUAAACGAUAUUCCGAUUGACUUCCGAGUCUCGCUCUUAAAGGAUGCUCCGAAUCCAAGAGCCAUCCACUCGUCGAAGGCAGUGGGGGAACCCCCGCUGUUCUUAGCUGCAGCGGCGCUUUUUGCAGUAAAAGAAGCUAUCGCUUCUGCGAGAGCUGAAACGGGACUUCACGGGUGGUUUCUUUUGGACACCCCGGCCACUCCAGAAAGAAUCAGGAUGGCAUGCGUAGAUGAUAUCACUGCUCGCUUCGCUUCGGCCGACUUCCGUCCAAAGUUAAGCGUUUGAUUCUCCUGCUAACUUUCUGUACAGAAAUUAUACUAGAGGCACCCCACAUCUUUAUUUACAUAUUGUCGUCUUUGGAUCUCU